GGUAAAAACUAGUAGUGAACUCACGAGGACUGUACACCAUCCUGGAUUGCUUAUAAUUCGCCAAAAUAACUGCUAGUGUGCUGUCCAUGUGAGUUACAAUUCCACAUGGCAAGUGGUGACUUUAUUUCUACUUUUAUGCAUGGCGCAAGAAUGGAUAUGGCAAGAAACCUCAAGAAGAUACACAGAAUUGAAUUUUUAAAUGAAUUAGGAUGUUAUAUAUGCUGCAAGAAAAAAUAUGUUCAUAUAUACAACAGUAACAAAGCUCUACAUUUAUUCUCACACAUAAUCAUCACCAAUUUACCUCAUUUUGAGCAAAUUAAUUGUGUUGAAUUUAUUAAAAUUAUAUGUAAAUACCAUAAAAAUGGAUGUGAAAGUUAUUUCACGUCUUCUUCUGAUGGAAGACACUACUUCUGUCUUAUCAAUGCAUAUGUUUUUGGAAGGAACCCAAGGGUUGCCAUUUGGCUGCAACAUAUUGUUGUAAAACUGUGCCCAGCACUGUCUGACAAUCUGCAAGCACAGGAAACUCAUGCAGCAGGUGCUGGCCAAGGUCAUUGCCUGACACAGACUGCCUUGAAGAAGGAAGAGGAGCAAGAAGCUCAGCCACCAUUUGAUGCUGUAGGUGUGCAGUGCAGAUGUUAA